UUGGCCUGUGUUCUUCGUUUUGCUUUGGUUUUAUGGCGCCUGUGAAGAAGUUGAAGAAGAAGAAGAAGAAAAAGAAGAGCAAGAAAGGGGCCAUUGUUGCAGAGAGAGAGAAAUGCAGCUCUUCUCUUCCCCCUGAAGCCAAGGCUGUCGAUUCGGAUUGGUGGCAAAGCUUUUGCAAUAAAAAUUCUACUCCUUUUAUACCCUCUUCAGCUUCAGAAAAGCACAUUGUAGCUGACCACCCUCAUGGUCAAGCAGGACCAUCACUCCAUGAUGAAGAAGAGGAGAGGUUCAAACACUUCUUCAGGGUCUCGAAAAAAACAUUCGACUACAUAUGCUCCCUCGUGAGAGAAGACCUGGUCUCAAGACCUCCCUUAGGCCUCAUAAACAUAGAAGGCAGACUCCUGACUGUUGAGAAGCAAGUAGCCAUAGCGAUGCGUAGGCUUGCCUCUGGUGAAUCCCAAGUUUCUGUUGGAGAAGCCUUUGGUGUUGGCCAAUCCACUGUCUCUCAAGUGACAUGGCGCUUCAUUGAGUCCAUGGAGGUAAGGGCCUGCCACCACUUAAGUUGGCCGGGGCCCACUGAAAUGGAAGAAAUAAAGGCGGGUUUUGAGGCCAACUUGGGGUUUCCAAAUUGUUGUGGAGCCAUUGAUGCUACUCAUAUAACCAUGACUUUACCAGCAAUUGAGACCUCAGAUGAUUGGUGUGACAGUGAGAGAAACUAUAGCAUGCUUCUACAAGUUAUAGUGGACCAUAACCUAAGGUUUCUAGAUAUAGUUACGGGUUGGCCAGGCAGUAUGAACCUCUCUCUUAUUUUGAAGUGUUCAGGAUUCUUCAAGCUGUGCGAGAGUGGUGAGAGGCUCGUUGGGCCUGAGAGGGUUUUGACCAUUUUGCCCUCGAGGGCUCGGGUAAGAGAGUAUAUCCUGGGUAGUGGGGCCUACCCUCUUCUUCCUUGGCUUAUCACGCCUUAUGAGGAGAGAGAUUCUUUUGGUUUUAAUGCUAAGCAUCAGGAAGCAAGGAGAGUUGCAGAGAGGGCCUUGUUACAGUUAAAGGGGAGCUGGAGGAUACUUCACAAAGUGAUGUGGAGGCCUGAUAAGCAUAAGCUUCCAAGCAUAAUACUCGUAUGUUGCUUGUUGCACAAUAUUAUGAUUGAUGGAGGUGAUGGACUGAAGGAAGGGGUUGCUCUUUCAGACCACCAUGAUCUGGGGUACAAAGAGGAGCUGUCUCAAGUUGUGGACCCUCAGGGGCAGGCCUUGAGAGAUGAUCUGUCGAAAUAUCUGUCAUGAAUUUGACUUUAAAACUGUGUGUGUGUGUAUGAGAAGUAGAAAUGUGAUUCUAUUUUUGUUGCCAUUUUUCUGCUGAUAAGUAGCGGUAUCUUGUAUGGUGCUGAACUGACUUCAGUCGUAUCAUAUGAUGAAAGAGAUUUCAAAUACUAAAUCAUUUGGAGAGUUUGGUUUGA